CCAAUAAAACACAAAAGAAGAAGAACCUAACCCGAAGAAGAAGAAGAAGAAGAAAGGGAAAAGAUAAAGACCCAAAUCUCUCCUCCUAAAAAGGAUAUUAGCAAUGAUGUUGCAUGGCUUCAAGAGCAGUAAGCAGGAUUUCACUUUUGGAUCAUGGAAGGUGACGGCGGCAAAAAACCACAUCAUGAAAUCUAAAGACAUUGAACGAUUAGCAGAUGAACUGAACAUGCCUUCACUCCCAGAGAUGUUGUAUGGGGAUAAUGUUCUGCGGAUCCAACACACAGACCACUACGGCAUUGAAUUUAAUGCUGUUGAUGCUCUCAAGAAAGUCAACAAUAUGGAAGACACUGUGAAGGUGGCCUGUGCUCAAGAAUGGCAGGAGAGCAGAGCUGAGUCUGAACACGCCCAAGAAGUACUGAGGCCUUUCGACUGGACGUUCACCACAGAUUACAGAGGAACGCUUCUAGGAGAAGAACUCCAGAUAAAGGUGACUAAUACAGAGGAGCGCAUUGACAUAGAGAAGCUGAAAGCUCGAGAGCACAUCAUGUUCUUUGAAGAGGUUUUGCUGUUUGAAGAUGAGCUUCAUGACCACGGUGUCUCAAUGAUUAGUGUCAAAAUUAGAGUGAUGCCAUCCAGUUUCUUCUUAUUGCAGCGUUUCUUCCUGCGUGUGGACGGCGUCUUGAUUAGAAUAAAUGAUACUCGAAUUUAUUAUGAGGAUGGAAAAGAUUACAUGCUCCGAGAGUUCAGUACCAGAGAAAAUACAAUAACAGAACUUAAGAAUAUUCCUGCAGCAUUCUACACAGAUCCCAAUGAGAUAGCUCAGCAUCUAACCCUGAGAGUAACAAAGUGUGAGAAACUGGAACUUCCUGUGAUGCAUCGUGAACCCUCUGUCAGUGAAGUUAUUUAGUAACUGUUACACUGUGACAGCUACACUAAUUUGUUGUGGUCAUGUCAAAUCUAUACUGAGCAAUAUAAAAACUUUUGGUCAUCAAUCCAAAUAUUUGUACAGCAAUAGAUUAGACUGUUUUGAGAAAUGUAACUCUGCAGAAUUACUUUAAAAUGACAAAAUAUCCCUUGUCUUGUUUGAAAUUAAAUGUGCAUUUAAAAAUGUUAAAUUCAACAUUAGAUUCUACAGUGUUCAUAACUGAACACUGUAAAUUGUAGAGUCAGGAUCUAUUUGUGAAACUAUUGUUUGUUUAUUGUAUAGAAGCUCAUUUCUGCCAAUCUGGUGGACAAAAAGAACUUUUAUCUCAUAAUUGUGACAUACCUAGGUCAUAUUAAAGUUACCAUCUCAUUUUAUGGCUUGGCUUUCUCAUAAUACUAUGCAUGUGCAUCAUCAUGCAUAGUUAGAAAUAAGAUUCUUUUCCAAUCUUAUUUCUGACUAAUGUCUGGAGGCUUAAUUUGACAUUAUGGGAUUCUUUCAAAAUUUGCAAUUUGUAAAACCACUCAUUACUCAGUUGUAUUAGCAAGACCCAUUUCUGUCUACCAAGCUGAACUUGUCUCACCCAUCUCCUCAGUAUGCCACUGGCCCACUAUGAGAUAGCUAAGUCAUAAAUAAUAGACAAUAUCACAUAGUGAAAUGCCAUGUCAUAAUUAUUAGACAGUAUCUCAUUAGGAUAACCAAGUCAUAAUAAGAAACCACAUAAUUAUGAAAUAAAACUCUUUUCCCAUCAAAGUGACAGAAAAGGGCUUCCACAGUAUUGAGAUGAUACAAAUAAAUAGUUUUAGUGCAUGUGUU